AUGGGGCCGAGUCAGAAGCCUGGUGCUGCUGGGGUACGAUUUCCCGGAGCAGUAGAUAGUAAAUUUACAUCAUCCCUCUCCUUUCAAUAUCCCGAAACCAACACCGCCAUUCCCACCUAUCGCACCAUGUCACCCGAAGGUGAAAUACUCGACUCCACCGUUGUCCUCCCCUCCGACGACGCCGCUCUAAAAAUGUAUCUCAACAUGAUCAAGGUAUCCAUCAUGGACCUUAUCAUGGUUGAAGCCCAACGUCAAGGACGAUUAUCAUUCUACAUGCCGAGUCAAGGCGAAGAAGGUAUAUGUGUAGGAUCUGCAGCGGCGUUGGAGAAAGAUGAUGUGAUAUUUAGUCAGUAUAGAGAAGCGGGGGUGUUUAUGCAGAAGGGAUAUACGCUUGAGGAGUUUAUGAGCCAGCUUUUUGCCAAUAGGAAGGAUAAGGGGAGAGGGAGGAAUAUGCCGGUGCAUUAUGGCAGUAAGGAGUUGAAUAUUCACUCCAUUUCCUCCCCCCUCGCAACCCAAAUCCCUCAUGCCUCUGGUGCAGCUUACGCAUUAAAAUUGCAACGUAUCUCCAACCCCUCUCUUCCCCCACGAGUAGUAGCCUGUUACUUCGGCGAAGGAGCCGCUUCAGAAGGCGAUUUCCACGGCGCCCUCAACAUAGCCGCUACACGAUCCUGUCCCGUAAUCUUCAUAUGUCGCAACAACGGGUACGCGAUCUCGACCCCCACACUCGAACAAUACCGCGGCGAUGGCAUCGCCAGUCGCGGAAUCGGCUAUGGAAUCGACACCAUCCGCGUAGACGGAAACGACAUCUGGGCCGUGCGAGAAGUAACGAUGAAAGCGCGAGAAAUAGCCCUAAAAGAUGGCGGCCGCCCCGUCCUCAUCGAAGCAAUGUCCUACCGCAUAUCCCACCACAGCACCUCAGACGAUUCCUUUGCGUACCGCGCGCGCGUCGAAGUCGAAGAUUGGAAACGUCGCGAUAACCCCAUUACGCGCUUACGUAAAUAUCUCGAGCGAAAGGGAGUCUGGGAUGAAAGCCAGGAAAUAGAAGCGAGAACCAAUAUCAAAAAGGAGAUACUGAGGGCUCUGAGCGAAGCGGAAAAGGAAAAGAAACCGCCCAUUAGAAGUAUGUUUGAGGAUGUGUAUAAGGAGAUGACGCCGGAGUUGAAGGAGCAGAUGGGGGAGUUGAGGAGGGUUAUGCAAGAGUAUCCGGAGGAAUAUGAUGUGGGGGAGUUUGAGGGGGGCGUUGCGAGUUUGAAGUAG